AUGGGUCUUGAAACAUGGCUAAUCAAGGUCAAGAAAUCGAUCUCACAUAGCUUCGAUUCCGUCCAUGGUCACUCUCUCCCACCAAACGGGAAGCCGGUGAUCAAGAAAUCAAGGGUCGGAGUAUUGGCUUUUGAGAUCGCAGGAAUCAUGCCGAAGCUCAAUUACAUGUGGCAGAUGCUCUCCGAUAAGAGUAUGACCCGUCUUCGUAAUGAAUCGGUAUGCCUUGAAGGUGUUCGAAAAAUUGUCUCGCCCGACGAUGUGUUUCUUCUCGGGUUAGCGUGUGCGGAGAUGGUCGAGAAUCUGAGAGUAGUCGCGAAAUCAGUCUCCAGGCUGAGCAAGCGGUGUGAAGAUUCGAGCUUACGAAGCUUCGAGAGUGUGUUUGAUGGUUUCGCGAAUACAGGUCGUGAUCCCCAUGGAUGGAUCAUGAGCUGGAAAGAAAUGGAAGCCAAGAUUAAGAAGAUAGAGAGGUAUGUUACAGCCACCGCUACACUUCACCGGGAAAUCGAUGAGUUAACUGUUAUCGAGAACAGUUUGAAGAAAUCCUUACAGUGUUGUAAUAAUAAUUACAAAAAGGAUGUUUCCUUCACCAACACGAUGAAGCAACAGAAGAUUCUCGAUCUUCAACAAAAGCUCCAAUGGCAGAAGCAAGAAAUCAGACAUCUAAAAGAGAAGUCGUUAUGGAACAGAAGCUUCGACACGAUAACUUCAUUACUUUCGAAAUCAAUCUUCACCAUUCUGUCAAGAAUCAAACUCGUUUUCAACAUCAACCAUGGCUACCCUUCUUCUCUCCCCCGCAGCCUCUCCGCCUCCGCCACCGUCUACCCCUCCGAUCAAACCUCAAACUCAUUCAACUUCGUUUCCGGUCCCUUGAUCAAAAGCUCAAAACAUCAAGAGAACAACCAUAUCUCCCACGGAUUUUUCGAAACAAAUUCGAAAAUCCUAAAACCAUCAUCAACAACUUUAGGAUCUGCGGCUCUUGCUUUACAUUACGCGAAUUUAAUCAUCGUGACAGAGAAGAUGAUACGAUCGCCACAAUUGAUUGGAGUCGAUGCUAGGGAUGAUGUUUACUCGAUGUUGCCUAAUAGCAUACGAUCUUCAUUAAGGAGACGAUUGAAAGGGAUUGGGUUUACAGCAAGUGAUCCCGUUCUAGCAGGCGAAUGGAGGGAAGCGUUGGGGAAGAUCUUGGGAUGGUUGUCGCCAUUAGCGCAUAACAUGAUGAAAUGGCAAAGUGAAAGAAGCUUUGAACAUCAGAAUCGAAUGCCAAAAACUGGUGUUCUUCUUUUACAAACGCUUUUUUAUGCAGAUCAAGAGAAAACGGAAGCGGCCAUAACUGAGCUGUUAGUUGGUUUGAAUUACAUUUGGAGAUUCGAAAGAGAGAUGAAUGCUAAAGCCUUGUUAAAUUGCAGUAAUUUCAAGAAUUUGCAGUAA